AUGCGAGAAUGUAUGUCGAAAGUGAAGGUGAGGACACCAGCGGAACGAGCGGAAAUAGAACGAUUUUGUGCGGAGGUUCUGCGAAGACGAGUGAAGUUAUUGAUGCAGACUGGUUAUACGGAGAAGGUUAGUGCUGAGAUGAUUUUAGAUGGAAUAAGGAAUUUGAAACAAGCGAAUGAAUUACGUGAGGAAUUGAAAUUAGAAAAGGGACAUUGA